AGGGAGACCAGCCCAGCCCAGCGUCAUUGGCAUCCAUGGUGCCCACCAUGGUAGGACAAGCCUAUCCUCAACUGUAACAGACCAGGUAGUCAGGCUGUCUGAUGUUACUGCUCUGCUUCCACGUAGAGAGUGUAAAAUACACAGUGGUCAGAUAUCUGACACUUGUUCUGACAUUUCUUUUAAUGGUCUUUGUAAGCAGAUUGACACUGCUUUACAAGAGGGGUUUAGCGAGGCUGAAAUUAUUAGAGCUGUGCUUAAGAUAACUAAGCCAGGUACUUUCAGGGAAAUGCUCACUAACCAUGAUGAUUUAACAGUGAAUGGGUUAAAAAGGUUCCUCCGCUCUCACAUCAGGGAUAAAAGUGUAACCGAGCUCUUUCAAGAGCUCAGUAAUGCUAGACAACAUGACAGAGAGAGUCCACAGCAGUUUCUCUACAGGCUUAUGGGGUUAAAGCAGAGAGUUAUUUUUGAGUCACAGCAACCUGGUGUAGAGUUUAGCUAUGACAGAAGGCUUGUACAGGGUACUUUUCUACACACACUCUACCAAGGUCUAAAUGAGAGAAACACUUAUGUUAGACAUGACAUCAAACCUUUUCUUUCUGACAUGCAGGUUAGCGAUGACUUCUUGUUAGAACAGAUGACCAAGUCCAUGACUGAGGAAGAGGGGAGGUUAAAACGCCUGGGUGCUGUAGCGAAGUCUAGACCUGUGACUGUAAGCAUUGCCCAAUAUGACCAUGACGGACAGACUGACGCGACAAAACCAAGUCAAGUUGACGUUGAGUUACAGGCUAACCGUGCCGCUAUCAGAGAGCUGACUGCCCAAGUGUCCUCACUGACCAGACACAUGACACUCGUCGACAGGUCUGCAGAACCAUGGCCAACUCUACUUCCUCCACCGAUGGCUUUGUGGUGCUCACUCAUGUGUUCCCACAACGAGGAGCCCAACGUUUCACUUCACCCCAGAGUAGAGUCGUUUCAACUCCACCCUCUUUUCUUGGGAAAUUCCUUAAAGGGGAACCAACUGCCAUGGGGAUCUGGCCACAAUAUAGUGGAAAGUAUCACCUUGUGUGCCAUAUCCAACUCAAUGUCUCUGCAUGCCCCUUCCAUUGCUUGCAAAAGAGGCAUGCAGACGGUUCAAAUAAUGAUUGGUGUGGUUGUAUUUUUGUUUGGUAUCGUGACGGCAUUUUAUGCAACAACAGUAUCCAGUCACACUGGUAUCAUGUUCUGGGGAGCCAUCAUUUAUAUCAUUGCUGGUUCUCUCACUGUUAGAGCUGUAAAGAAGCUCAAUCCUUGUUUGGUGAAAGCAUCACUUGGGAUGAACAUCUUCAGCACAAUAACUGCAGGACUUGCUAUAAUUCUGCAUAGCUUUGAUUUUCUUGUCCCAAUGUACCCUUAUUCACACAAUUGUUAUGGAGAUGAUGAUUAUUACAAAUGCUAUACGAAGAAUGCAUACAAGACCAGCACAUUAGGGAUUGCUGGAGUGAUGCUGGUGUUGUCAGUGCUGGAGUUCAUUGUUUCCAUUUGUGUAUCUGCAUUUGCCUGCAAAGCCACCUGUACUACUACUGGGGUGAUGUACAUUUCAAACCAGGUGCCACCCUUUGUCUCCACCUCCCACUUCUCUGCACCUCCCCUGAAUACUUCAGAGAUGCCUCCCUUCCAAAGCAGUGUGGUGCCUCCUGCUCAUCAUAGCAGUGUUGAUGGCCUGAAGGUUGGUAGAUCUGAAGAUCUGCCCCCCGAAUACACCCCUACCCAAGAAUAAGACCUAUGAUGACACAAACAGAUACAGGGGGAGCUUUAUGUUUAAAACUAAUUGUAACCUUGCAGAUUGUUUUUAUGCUUUCAUCAUAUUCGUGAAGUGUGCAUACAGCCAUUUCUGGAUAUUCACUAUCAAAUGUAUCUAUCUAAUUUAAACAGUAGCUAACUAGCAUAUACUCCAAGUGGCUGCAUUCCUUAAAAAAUACUUGUCAGUUCUCAGUAUGAACAAACAAAGAUCUCAGUAUGACUUGUUUUGUAUGCCUAUAGCUUUGAUAUAAGGUCCUAGAUUCAGGAAAAAAAAGUGCAAGAGGAGUGAUAUUGAUUGUGUUAUAAAGUUGUCUUUUGCACCCACAUGGUUUCAUUCAGUAUUUUGAAAAUAUGUUGAAACAUAUGAACAUGAAGGUAUUAAGGAUCAAACAAGGUGUGGUUGUGUUUUUUGUCAUUUUCAUGGGACUGAAAUGGUAUAUGGGGUAGCUGGUAGGAACUUGAAAAUCUGUGUGGGAAUAGCUCAAUGUGUGAUCAUUUAGUGUACAAAGUUAUCCAAUGUUCUACAUAGGAGCCAUUGUAAAUUCUGUUCUAAUCCAGACAUGCGCGCUCUUACGUUGACUUGUAUUUCAUUUCAUACAGUGCCAGCGCCACACAUGGUACAACGUGGUAUUACAACAGAGCCUGUAUUUACUGUGUGAUACUGUAGGUGAUGGGAAACUGAAACUUUUUGUUUUUUUAAGACUGACCUGACUCAGUUUGGAAUUGUGGUAUCAGUGUGUACUGUUGAUUCACCACUGUCCUCUCUGAGAAAUUGUGAGAACCAACCUUUUAGAGAAGAAUCUUUUAUCUCUAUAACUAAAGGCUGUAUAUGUGAUUUUAAAGCAUCAUGUCAGGAUUUCCUGGUAAAAACUCACAUUGGUUGGAAACCCAGCUACACAGCUACUGACUGAAAACAUUGGCCAUAAAAAUGUUGUUGGGGUCAUCAUAACGAUUCAUAAUCCAAAAACAAAAGGGCCCCAGAAUGUACUGUAAUGUAACGUGUAAAACUGUUCUCUGUUCUGCAACUAGCAAUGAUCACUGUAACGUGAUGUGUUGUCUUAAGUGCAUAUCGACCAACACGCA